UGGAGGGAGGAUGCGGGAUUUAACCUCAUUUAUCAUUUGUAUUUAUCUCAAGUAUUUGCGUUUUAUAUACAUUAUUUGUAAACGCAAUUGUCUAUAUGUGCAGCUUUGAUAAGCUUCAUCACAAGGUCAGCAAACAUGUAUGAAGCGAAUAGCAGUGAGACGAAGCCGCUGGUAGCUAAUGCCCAACAAGGCGAUGAGUCGCAGUCCGAAGAUGACAUCACAAGAUACCGACUAGAGGGUUCUUCGGUAAUAGAUGGGCUCAAGCGAGGACCGGGGGAGGAGAGCAGGAUCAGUCUGGCAGAUGCUAGAGCAGAAGCAAAUAUGGCCCAUCUCACAUCGAAUUUGGGAACGAUGGUACAUCUGUUCAAGGGGAACAUAGGAACUGGAUUAUUGGCUAUGCCAUUUGCAAUCCGGAGUGCGGGCCUUUUGGCUGGAACAAUAGGCCUCGCAUUAAUGGGAAUCGUCGCAAUUCACUGCAUGCAUAUCCUGGUGAAUGCCAGUCAACAUCUGUGCGAAAAGACACAGAACCUGUCGUUAGACUAUGGUGAAGUAGUGGAGUUGGCAUUCAGAGUAGGACCGAAGAAGCUGCAACGUUUGGCUAAUAUAGCACGGAGCGUGAUCAACUUGUUUCUCUGCAUAACACAAAUAGGAUUCUGCUGCGUCUACUUUGUCUUUAUCUCGCAGAGUAUCGAGCAGGUAGUCAGACCAAAUUGUGUGAUGAGCAGGAAAACCCAUCAGCACGUGGCGAAAUUGGAGGUCCACAGGGUCAAAGGGCAGUGGGAGAAGAGGUCAGAUAUCAGGGCCAUUUUCCUAGAGGACAAUGCGCUAAUGGACAGAGUCUGCCGCGGAAUACCAAACGAUGAAGUCGUCGUCUGCCGAGGACUUUGCUUGGAACUGACGGCGCGUGCUGGAACACGCAGCAUGACGUUCGUCGGCGCCAUGUACAUCAAUCGGUCGGCUUCUACGGCUACCUCAGUACGCGGCGACGACGUGCUUGGCAGGCAUCACGCUCCACCUUCCCCACAGCCGAGUGAGUGUCGCGCCCAACGAGGCCUAGCCAUCGUUCCGGCACGCGGCCGCGAGGGGCAGGUACCGGGCAGGCAGCGAGGUUGGGUACCGCGGGCGGGCAGCACGAAGGGCGUGGUACUGGGCGGGCAGCACAAGCGGGCAGUACCGGGCGCGGGCAUCACGAGGGGUGGGUACAGAAUCUACAUAGCGGUGAAGCUGAUGUUUGCUGCUGUCAUCUUCAUCACGUAUGCCCUGCAGUUUUAUGUUGCCAUGGAGAUCAUGUGGCCGCCACUGAGAAACAGGAUUGCUAACGAAGAUAGACAUUUGGUCUGGGAACUGAUCUUUCGUGUCAUUCUGGUAUCACUCACGUUUCUUCUGGCGGUGGCCAUCCCAGACCUGAGUCUGUUCAUCUCGCUGGUUGGUGCCGCAGCAAGCAGUUCUCUCGCUCUGAUUUUCCCUCCGAUUCUCGACGUGGUAGCGUUUUGGGAUGAGAUGAGCAGCCUUCGAUUCAUUAAGAACUUCCUGAUCCUGAUCUUUGGACUCGCUGGAACAAUAGGCCUCGCAUUAAUGGGAAUCGUCGCAAUUCACUGCAUGCAUAUCCUGGUGAAUGCCAGUCAACAUCUGUGCGAAAAGACACAGAACCUGUCGUUAGACUAUGGUGAAGUAGUGGAGUUGGCAUUCAGAGUAGGACCGAAGAAGCUGCAACGUUUGGCUAAUAUAGCACGGAGCGUGAUCAACUUGUUUCUCUGCAUAACACAAAUAGGAUUCUGCUGCGUCUACUUUGUCUUUAUCUCGCAGAGUAUCGAGCAGGUAGUCAGACCAAAUGGUGAUCCUGCUGAUCAUACAAAUGAUAGGGUCUACAUGGCCAUCCUGCUGCCGUUCAUCAUCAUCCUGACGUUUGUGCGAAAGUUGAAGCACCUUGUGCCCUUCUCCUUGUUUGCGAAUGUCGUGUUGGCGGCUGGACUUGUCAUGAUCAUGAUCGAUCUCUUCCAGGUGUGUUGCUAUAUCAUAUCUAGCCUCGCUAAGAGAAAGAGUAAGAGGGAAACAGAAUGA